UUGAGCAACAUUCUUAUGUGGCCUCUUACCAAUGUGGGGCUGUUAAACCCAGACUGGAAGGAUUAAAUAGAAGCACAUGAUGAUUCAACCCAUGAUUUUCACUUGAAACAGACCUCAUGCCACGGACUAAAUUAAUGAAUUUUCCUUUCUCUUCUCCCCUGACACCGUAGCCUGCUUCUUUCCAUCGAGUCCAUGAUGGCAUCCCCAAGGCUGGAGACGUUCUGCUGCCCAAACCGAGACGCAUCGACCGAAUUUGUCAUUACUUUUCAGCCCCUCUUCUUUGGCGCCAUUUGCAUCGGUAGCGCAACUUUAAGUUUGAUAUUUUCUAUUUUACAAAUUUUGCCCAAACGUAGGGGUUACAGGCGCCUUGGACAGUACCCUCUUCCCAAACCAGCGUCUUCGUCGAGAAUAUUGUUUAUCAUCAGCAUAUGUGAUAUACUGGGAUGUGCAGGUAUCAUAGUGAGGUCAUCCAUCUGGCUGGGCCUGCCCAACCUUGUCAGGGGGAUCAAUGUGGCCAACAACAGCGACAUGUGGCCAGAGGUGUUCUGUGUCGGCAGUGCAAUGUGGAUCCAGCUGUUCUUCAGUGCAUCCUUCUGGUGGACCUUCUGUUAUGCUGUGGACGUCUUCCUGGUGGUCAGAAGAUCUGCAGGAAUCAGUACCAUCAUCCUCUAUCACAUGAUCACAUGGGGUCUGGCCGUGUUGCUGUGUGUGGAGGGUGUGGCUAUGCUCUACUACACAUCCAUCUCCAGCUGUGAAAAUGGCCUGCAGCAUGCCAUUCCUCACUACAUUACUACCUACGCUCCUCUAAUGCUGGUGCUUAUAGUCAACCCUACACUGUUCGCCAGGACUGUGUCUGCAGUGACAGCAUUAUUGAAGGGACGACAAGGGAUCUACACAAAAAAUGAGAGACGCCUGGGAACAGAGAUAAAAAUACGCUUCUUCAAAAUCAUGCUGGUCUUCUUUAUUUGCUGGCUUCCCAACAUAAUCAAUGAGAGCCUGCUGUUUUACCUGGAGAUGCAGACGGACAUAAAAGCCAGUGACCUGAAAAAUAUACGAAACACAGCCCUCAUCACUUGGUUUAUCAUGGGGAUCCUGAACCCCAUGUCAGGCUUCCUCAACACGUUGGCCUUCCAUGGCUGGACGGGCUUUGAUGUGGACUGCAGCCUGCAGAGGAGAAGGGAGCUGGCCUGGGAUUCAGCCUCCACCUCGGCGGCUAACAACCCCAUCGUGGGCUCCACCCUGCUCUACCAGAGCCACGCCCAGGAGGCCAAGAACAUGACCGGCAAGAACAUCAAGGGCAAUGGGCAGCCAGCCUCUGACGCCAUCAGCGUCCUAUCAGAAGGUUCAGAGUCUAGUACAAUUGAAAUCGACAUUUCCACUGAGCACCAAGACUAUGAGGAUAUAGACGCAGAUGGAGAAUCAUUGGGGAGUUCUGCAAGGCACUAGCUGCUGCAUCACCUGCUGCCAGCCUCCACUCUCCAUCUUGUUUUGUCUCUCCCCCACUGAGUUUUAGACCGUCCCAUCCGCUGUUUGAAAACCCUCAACUCAGGCACCUCUUUAGAUCCAACAGCAGUGUUAAAAAUGAUAUGUCUACCUGUACCAUUUCAUUUAUUUCGCUCUUAAGAACUGCCAUUUAAUUACUGCUGUAGCACAGUCAUAGGCUUGAUGUUGUCACAGAACAACAUGACACAUUUGGCCACCAGUCUGCUCCUCAUAUGUCGUGACGAUACAUAACAGGACCAGUUAAUUUGCCUCAUCACUGAACACCCUCUUAAAUCGCCAUUUGCUACAGACAGUGUGGUGUUACAUUAUUGAACUAUCACCUGUACAGUAAUGGAAUAGUCCCCGAGGCUACCUUAUAUUCCUGCUUUAGCAAACUGGCUCAAAUUAAGAUCUUACAACUUGAUCCAGUAUUACUGCCCUAUAUGACAUGUUCAUAUAAUUAGCCCCCAAAAGCAUAAAAUAAUGGGAAUAUCUUUCCUGAGAUGCUAUUUAGAGGAAAACAUUAACAUUACAUUUUUUACAUUGCACUUUGAUUCUAUUUUAUACAGUAUUAAACAUCAAGCAAUUGUUGAGGUGGUGUUACCUUUAACCCAAAUUGAAGCAGGGUGUCACGCCCUGACCUUAGAGAGACUUUUUUAUUUUCUAUUUGGUUAGGUCAGGGUGUGAAUUGGGUGGGAAAAUCUAUGUGUUCUAUUUCUUUGUUGGCAUGGUUCCCAAUCAGAGGCAGCUCUCUAUCGUUGUCUCUGAUUGGGGAUCAUACUUAGGCAGCCUGUUUUCCACCUGAGUUUGUGGGAUCUUGAUUUUGUUAGUUGCUGUAUAGCCUGCAGAACUUUACUUUCGUUUAGCUUUUGUUUUUUUAGGUGUUCAUCAAAAUUAAGAAAGAUGUACGCUUACCACCCUGCACCUUGGUCUCCUUGGUCUACACACCUUGGUCUACACUGACACUAAGUAUCUACUUCAUCAUUAUGCACAUGAUUAUAGUAAUGCUAUACAUUCUGCUGCAUAAGUGACAAACCCAACAAUACAAGAAACGGACAGUGUUUUCUCAUAUCAAAAUAGAGUGAUUUAUUUGAGACAUUGAGUGUGAAUUCAUUGUUUAGUCUUGGAAACAGAUGACCAUAUCCUAGACUGGGGUAGGAGAGAGAUCGCUGUCAGUCACAGCAUUUUAUUCCACACUGGGCUUCUCAACAUGCCAAGAUGGCCACCAACCACAGCCCGAUUCUCAGUCUGACACAGACAAUAUUGGCUCUCAGCAAAAAAACAUCAACGCCAGAUUAUUUAUAUAUAAAAAAAAUGAAAUAAAAUGCUGGCCUUCCUCUUUCAGCACAAAUCCAAACAAAAGCUGAGCCUACCUUCUGAAAAAGUGCUCUAAAAAUGAGCUUGACUGAAAGACCUAAAAAUGAGCUUGACUGAAAGAAUGGACCAGAAAAAAAAGGCAUUCUCAAAGUGGUGGCUUGUUAGUUUGAAAAGACUGUCACGUUAGACCACGAUAAGUACAAGUAGACAUACUGCACACAAAGCUAAAUCCAUCAUACAGGCAAGUCAAAUAAGUCCAAUCUGACCAAUUAGAUCAGGCGGUGGUAAUGUCGGGACCUCAACCCAACUCAACCAAUCACAGCUUAGAAGCUACAGUAGGACUUCCAUUUGACCAAUCAGAGCCUGGUUGAUCAGUCAGCGUGUAACCUGGAUUUCCACCAGAACGAUCACCCUGCCAAACAAAGGAGUACUGUAAGAAAAGCUCAGUAGAUGACUAGUGAUGACACAUUGCUACUAAAGCAACAUUAAGACAACACAAUACAAAUGUUCACAGCAUCCUCUCCUUCUCAAAUCAGCAUGCGCUCUGUCUGUUCUGAUUUCCAUUUCAAUGGUUGUCAUUAGGGCUGAAUACAGACACGUCCUGUUUCACAUCCCAGACCUGGGCCAGGGGUAACCCCGACAAAACAGGUAGAGUCUACAGAAUGUAACAUCCCAUCUUUAUCCCAUUCAUCAUUACCCAUGGUCCAUUCAGUUACGUUGAGGCACAGAUCUCCAUGGCUUAAAGUGUAAAGAGCCAUCAGUGAAAUGACUACAGUCCACUUCAGCACCACCUGACUUAACACACCAACCUGAUACACACAUAAUUGUCAGAAUAAAAUAACAUACAUGGGAACAAAAGAAACAUCUAUCUGACGUGCAUUAAAUUGAAUCAGGGUCUUGUAACCGAGUAUCAGCAAAGAAAAGAUGUGAUAGCUCAAGCCAGUAUUGAGCGUCUAGAAGAUUACGUUAAAGUGUACUGAAUAUAAACAUAUAUACACAGUAUAUAAGUCUGUGUAUUUUUCUAAUUUACAUAUCUUUACAUUCAUUAAAUGUACAUCCAGAAGGGAGAAUAUAUGCUUAUAAACCACGCUUUUUGCAUAUUUUCUUUUUAAAGUGAAUUAAAUGUCAUUCAAACUUAGAGAAGUUAAACAUGUCAGUUUGGUGAUUUUGGUUGACCUUGAUGUUAUUAAAUGCGAGCACAGAGCUACCGCAUAGCGGCACCUUUUUUAACUCUGACUUUCAGAAGUCCGUUUGUGAAAAAUCUGCAAGAAGUACUGUUUAAACAGGAACUAUUCUCCACUGAGGACAAUUUAAACAUCACAUAAUUUGAGAAUGCCAGUGCAGCAAUAACAAUGUCACUCUCCUCAUGUCUCCCAUAUUGUUUCUCAACUCAGGACUCCAUAGGGCUAACAUGUGCUUAGAUAAGUUCUAAAACACAACCUUUCUCUCACAAUUUCAUGUCAAACACACCCAAAACACCAGUCUGUCUCUCCUCACACCUCUUCCUAUACAAACCCUCUUCCUCAUGAUUCAGACCCUAGCCAGAUAACAGCAGGGCCGCAA